GGCGACUUUUCUCUUCAGAAGUAUCUCUCGGCUAUUACUUAAAUAAUCCGUAUUAUUUUUCGUGUUAUUGUUUGGCAACACACAAUUCCUUCUGUUUGUUGAUGUUGGAAGGUUUCUGUUUGUUUCCUGUUAGAACAUUUCCUUCGUUUUAUUUUAAAUCUGAUUCGAAAAAAAUUCCUGAAGUAAUGGGUGGUGGAGCUCGUGAAGUACGUUCUAUCGAAAUUCCAUUAGUACAUGUGCAACAGCAGUUAUCAUGGGACUGUGGAGUAUCUGCUGUAAUGAUGGUCCUCAGUGAGGCAAAUCGUUCCUAUCUAAAAGAAAAUCUGGAUUAUAUUUCUGAACAAGAAGGUUUUGACAAGAGCACUUGGACUAUUGAUCUUGCAUAUCUUUUACACAAAUUCGGAAUUCGGCAUCUUUAUUCAACUGUAACUAUAGGUGUAAAUCCUGGAUAUUCUGAAGAGGAUUUUUAUCUAAGAGUCUUGCAAAAAGAUGCUCAAAGAAUAAAUGAUAGAUUCUCUUCUGCUGCUGUAAAUGGAAUUCAAGUUGAAAAAAGAUCUGUUGAUAUGGAAGAGAUAAUCGAUCAUUUGAGUUCUGGUAAUCCAGCUAUUAUUCUUGUCAAUGCCAACCUUCUGUUCUGUGAUACUUGUCACACAAAAAAGUGCCUGAUGCAAAUGCUCAGUUGUUGUAAUAGUUCAUUUUCUUAUCAAGGUCAUUAUAUUGUGCUUUGUGGUUUUGAUAGUAAAGAAUGCAAAGUUCUCUACAGAAAUCCUUCAGUACUGAACAAAGUGUGCUCUAUACCUUAUGACUCAUUUGAAACUGCCAGGAAAAGCUUUGGAACUGAUGAAGAUGUAUUAUUUGUAUACUUUAGCUCUUGACUGGUGUAUAUAUUAUUGUCUUCUAAAAAGUUUAUGUACUUAUAGAACAAACAUGAAUUGGGCUCUUUAAAUCUUUGAAAUGCGAAAGAGUUAGCAUAGAAUUUUGACUUACCUUUUCUCUUCAGUCAAGAGCUAUUGUUAUCUUAGAGAUAAUAUGAAUUUUUUCUACUGGUAUACUACUUAUAAUAGUAUAUUUAUGUAUAUUGCUUGUAAAAAGGUAUUGCUUCCUCAUUUUUUGAUUAAUUUUCUUAUAAUUAUACUCAUGACCGUUGCAGCUCUAUAAAGCUAAAACAAUUUGAUCCAUAAGUUUUGAGCAAAUUGUUUUAUAGUGGGGAAAAGUUGGAAAAUAAGCACACUGAUAAACUUAGUUUAAUUUUUAUGUAUAUACUUAUGCAUAUGAAUAUUUUAAUAUUUUCUUUUACAUAUAAUGUCCUAAUAUCAGAAUAUAAUUUGUAAUUCUAACAAAAGUCUUACAAACUUUUCAUUCACAUAACACACAUAAUUAUGUUACAAACUGAUUUUAUUUAAAUAAAAUUUCAAAUCAAUUUUAAUUCUACGUUAUAAUUUCUUUUGAUGUGAUCAAGAGUUAUAUCGUGUCAUUAACUGGAAUAGAGAAAUUCAUCCUGUAUAGGCAAAGUUUAUUGCACUGCAUUUACUCACAUCUUAAUUUAUCUAAGAAGUCAUAUUUUAGGUAAAACCAAGUUAAGAAACUUGUUAGGAUAGCUUUAAAAAUUAGUCAAAUGUCUGAACAAAUGUACUAAUACAUAAAUAAUGUAAAAAUUGAGCAUUAUGUACAUGAUUUUACUAUUAUGUUAAGUUAAUUAUCACCAAUUUUUUUUGCAAUUUUUAUAAAUGUUCAAAAAAUAUAUUGAAGGAUAAAUAUUUUAUUCCUAAAUUUAUUGUAAAAAUGUUUUAUUAAAUAUGUUUCUUAGUAAUCUCUUACAUGAUUUAAUUUAUGAAUAAAUAUUUCUUAUCUUUUAUUCUUUUAAUUUUGAUAAGCAUAUUCCUGAAAUACAUUCUUAUCAUUGAUUUUUAUUCAAGAUACAUUAAUAUUUAUGAUGAAUUCAUUAAAAAUUGCUUCCUAUUUUAUUUUUUCAUUGCUAGUUAUAAGCAAUGAAAUCUAUCCACGUCAGUUAAAUUUCAAAAUUUGUAUAAUUUGCAUUUGUACUCAUGAAACCAACAUUAUUAAGAAAAUCAUAUAAAUUCAUAAUAUUAUCCUCCUUAUGAUUCAUUUAUUUAAUAUAAGUUAUUCUUUACUUCUAUUCUUGUAUUUUACCCCAUCAUUAGUUUUUGUUUCAUUGCCCUAGCAUCAUUAAUGAUUAUUUGUUUUUAUCAAAUUUAUGUAAAGGUGCAUAAUUAGUUUAUUUAUAUACUUUCCCACAGCAUCUAAAUACUUUACUAAUAUAAAAUAACUGUAACCAAUUUUUGACCAAAUGUAUUUAAAAAAUUAUAAUUUUUUGAUGCAAAUUUUACAAAUUUAAUUGGAAUGAAUUUCUUCUGCAAUCUAUUAUUGCUCUUUUAUUAAAGUGUUCAUUAAAAAAAAAUAUAUGUCUACAAAAGUUCCUUUUGAUUUUAUUAUUGUUAAUAUUUCUCUUAAGUAAGAGAUUUUAUUACAUAUCAAAGUCUUAUAUUAAAACUGCAUUGAUAUUAGAUGUUAAUAAAUUUUUUUCUUACAUUUGGUACAAUAUAACCAUUUAGUCAACAUAACUUGCUAAAAAUAUGAUCAGCAGUAGCAGUUAAGAAACAUAGAAGUAGAUAUGGUUUCCAUAAUUACAUAUUUCAUGCCAAAAAUACCAAAUAUUUAUAUGAUGCAUAGUUAUUUUUUUCAAUUUAAUUCUUUAAUAAGAUUUAUUUUACAUCUCGAUUAAAAUAUUAAAUGCGUUUUAUUAUCUGCAUCAUAAAGUAUUUUUUAAAAUUUACUAUAAAGUAUAGUUUCGAAUUCAUGAUUUUUUUUUGUUUUAUUAUUAUUAUUUUUUUUUUUUUGCCUAAGGAUUUUUUAUGAUGUAGUUGCUUGCAUCCCCUGCAGAAUGUAUUGCCUAAUUAUUUUCUUAAUACCAAUAUCUAUAUUUCUGCAAAUUUUCAUUACACGCAGAUAGAUAUAAUAAUUCAUUUUUAUAGAUCUAUUAUUCUAGUCACAAUAUAAAUAUUAUCACUUUUUCCUUAACAUUUCACCUUGAAUAUAAAAGCUCUAUGUUUUCUCCAGUGUUUAUAUUAUUAUUCGAGAAACUUUUGUUUUACUAUUUUUAUAGUGAAAAUGUUUUAAUAGCUAUGGUAAAUGAAUUUUUAUAGUGAAAUGAUAAAUGAAAAUGCUUUUAUAAAGUAUUACAAUUGUUAAAAAAUUUGUUGAACGUAUAAAUUUUAUAUUUUUUAAAUUUAUGUAAGCACUUGGACUUUGUUGUGUUUCCUUUUAUAAUGUAAGAAAAGAAUUAUAUUUAACACUUCAUAUUUUAUAUUAUUUUUUUAAACAAUAUUAGCAACAUUCAUAUAAGCAAUAUGUUACAUGAUUAUUUGUUUGUUUUUUUAAAAAAUAAUUUAUGACUAAAUUGUUUACAUGCACAAAAAUGUAUGUGAUUUUUGUCUGAUAGCUAAGUAUUAUAUUUUUUCUAACAAUUUUCACGAUUUUAAGAUGUUUUGUUCUGAUUCUGAAUUCCUAAAACUUUUAAAUUUAGACAAAUUUUGAUGUUUAGCAUUCAAUUAUAAUUACAUUAAAAUAAUUAAUAAAUUAUGAUUAUGCUAGAUACAUUCCUGUGAUUAAUUUUUAAACAUAAUUUUCUGUGAUAUAUAUAUAUUUUUUAUUAUGAAUAAUUCUCAAUUUUCAAAUCAAGGUUUUCAGAAAAAUUGCCUGAGGUUUGAAAGCAGAAAUCUAUAAAUUUAUUUGUGGUUGUUAUAUUAACAUAGAUUUUUAUUCUUUAUACAUUAUGUAUAGGAAUGACCAAAUAUUGUUAGCUUUAUUAAAAUUGUUGUUCAGCUAUGUACUUUUUGGGGGGAACUGUGGACUUGGUAAAACUAUUUUAUGAGGUCCUAUUUUUUUUAAAAAUUUUUGCUAUUGCAAAAUUUGAAAGAAGAAAUUUCAAAAUACAUAAAGUGUUUUAUUCUCAUUUUCCUUCAAAACUGUGAUUAGCUUGUUUUUUAAUAACAAGUUACAAAUUUUCACUAUAAGUGCUUUUAAUUUCUUUGAUGUUUCAUUAUGUGUUUAAAAAGAACCUGUCAUAAUUUUAAAUAUAUGUAUUUAAAAUUAUCUGAUAUUUAUAUUUUAUAUAAUAUCAUAUAUAUAGACAGAUAUAUAAUAUUAUAUAUAAUAAAAAAGUCAUUAUAUUCAUCUUAUAUAUCAUUGUAUCAUAAAAUAUUAUAUUUAAACAGCUCUAUGCAUUUGAUUAAAAUCCAAAAUCUACGAAAAAUAAUGAUAGGAAGUUGAAGUUAUGACAUAUAAUACAUAUUUCAGCCUACUUGUUAUUAAUAAAAAUGCUUCUUUGUAAUAUCAUUGAUUAUUUAUUAUUAACUGCUAAAUUUUCAAUAUUGUUUCAGUAACUGAUCUAUAUGGCAGUUGAUUAGUUGUACCCAAUAUGAAAUGGUUUGGCUAAGCAAGGUUCCACCGUAAUUUGAUCAAAAAUGUUGCAUGUUUCUUGUAUAUAUCAAAAUGUGUAAGAUCUCACCCUAUGAAAAUGUUUUGAAAUUUCAUUAUUGUAAAAUCGAGUAUGAUUAGUAAAAUAAAAAUUUUCCUUGCUUAAA